GUUGUCACAGGAGUCCAUUUCUUUUCUGACGGGAAUAUUUCUGUUCAAACUCCAGGUGCUUGACCUCAGUAACAUCACGCCAUGGUGAGCCCUGUUGCCUGUCUCUGUUGACCUUUGACCCACUCAACCCCCCCCGGCCCCUGAGCGGCGAUGUCGGAUCGUGACGGCCGUAGCGAGUUGCCCGUGGCACCGGGCCAGGCAUACGUGGAAGUGGAGUAUGACUACGAUUAUAAAUCCAAAGACCGCACCAUCAGCAUCCGACAGGGCGAAUGUUACCAACUCGUCAGGAAGGCCAACGAGGACUGGUGGCAGGUACGCAAAGACGAGUCCAGCAAACCGUUCUACGCGCCCGCCCAGUACGUCCGCGAGGUACGGCGGGCUCUCAUGCCGCCUCCCAAACCGCUCCCCCACACGGGCGUGGCCCCCAGGCGCAGCUCCGACAAGAGACCCACGCAUCUGGAGCUUCGCCGUUCGGACGAGAGUCUGAAUAAACAGUCGCCCUCCCACUCCCCUACGCCCUCCACCUCCAGCGGGCACCUGACUCCUCCCAUACCCAGCAGGGAGGCUGGCAGCAGCCCCGGGAGUCCCUCCCCCCAGAGGAGGUGUGGAGGAGAUGGAUCAGGAGAUCCUCAGCCAAACCACCCCAGGCAUGGCUCCUUGCCCCGCUCCAGAGCAGAAUCCCCCCUGGGACGCAGAAAGCCUCUGGACUUGGACAUGGGCGGAGAGAGAGAGAAGGAUGGAGAGAGAGACAGGAAGGAGAGGAGGAGGAGUAACAAUAAGGAAAGUGGGCGGAGUCGGAACAGAGACUCACAGGGAGAGGGAGGCGGUUUGGAGAAAAGUCGCAACGACUCCGAAUCUGGAGACGAACUGAGUAGCAGCUCUACCGAACAGCUACAGACGGUGUCUGCGGGUCAGGGGAGGGCGGACUCACCGGUGUACACUAACCUGCAGGAACUGAAGAUCUCUCAGACCAGUCAGCCGCCUGCCCCCUCUUCCUCUCCCCUGCAGACGCUGGGAGACUGGGAGGUUUACAAAGACUCCAGCGGCCGUCACUACUACUACAACCCAUUCACUCAGGAGAGGACAUGGAAGCCCCCACGCUCACGAGACACCAUCAGCCGCAGGGAGGACACACACAGCAACGCCGAUACGGAGCCUCUCUCAUCGGAGGAGAACUGUUUGAGCACAUAUUCCAGCCAGUCAGAUAGCCAGUACGGUUCGCCCCCUAGAGGCUGGUCUGAGGAACUUGAUGAGCAUGGUCACACUUUGUAUGUGUGUGACUAUACUAACGAGAAGUGGAUCAAACACACAGAUGAUAAAGGUCGGCCGUAUUACUACAGUGCAGAUGGUUCCAGAUCUGAGUGGGAGCUUCCCAAGGUUAACAUCAGAUCACAGACCGGCGCCGGAGACGCGCCCAAAACCCGCAGUCUGGACCGCCGACCCCCCGACCCCAUCGUCCUGACCAAGUGGAGGCACAGUACCUACAAUCUGGACAGCAAUGACAAGUUAAGGCAGCGGUCAGUCAAAAAUCGGCGAAUCAUCUCGCUGCGUCGAAAAGUCUCCACCCGCCUCCAUCCUUAUAGACUACAAGACUACCCAAAGCCCAGCUCUCCUGAUUCGGACUCCUCCUGCCCCUCUUCUCCAAAACAUCCCAGUUCACCCUCAGAGAAAUCUGGUAACCUUAACGUGACUAAAAUCACAGAGCAGGGCAAGAAAGUCCGGAAGAACUGGACUUCGUCCUGGGCAGUUCUGCAUGGAUCCUCUUUGCAGUUUGCUAAAAGCCAAGGGGGCUGGUUUGGUAGCCAUCAGACCAAACCUGAUUUCAGUGUUGAUUUGAGAGGUGGGUCUGUGGACUGGGCCUCCAAAGACAAGUCCAGUAAGAAGAACGUUCUAGAGCUGAAAACGAGGCAAGGGACAGAGGUUCUCAUCCAAUCAGAUAACGAUGGCACCAUGAACGACUGGCUGAGAAUCCUAAAGGAGACCAUCGACACACACGUGUGGGAGUCUGAUGAGGCCAUAGAAGAGGACAUGCCUGAAUCUCCAGGUGCAGAGAAACAGGACAAAGAAAAAGAGCACAGAGACUCCAAGAAAUCUAGAGCCAUGAAGAACUCGACCAGUAUGGACUCGUCUGAUCAGAAGAAGACCAGGACCAAACUGAAGAAGUUUCUUACUCGCAGACCCACUCUACAGGCAGUCAGAGACAAAGGCUAUAUCGAAGACCAGGUGUUUGGCUGCGAUCUCAGCAGUCUGUGCCAGAGUGAAAACUCCACAGUUCCACACUUUGUCAUCAUGUGCAUCGACCACGUAGAGAGUCGCGGUCUCAGUUUGGAUGGAUUGUACAGGGUCAGUGGGAAUCUGGCAAUCAUUCAGAAACUGCGCUUUGCUGUCAAUCACGAUGAGUGUGUGAAUCUGGAGGACAGGAAAUGGGAGGAUAUCCACGUGAUCACUGGGGCACUGAAGAUGUUUUUCCGAGAGCUUUCAGAGCCUCUCUUUACCUACACUCUAUUCAACGACUUCAUCAGUGCUAUCAAAGUUUCUGAUUACAGACAGAGAGUACAGGCUGUUAAAGAGUUGGUGAAAAAGUUGCCACCACCUAACCAUGACACCAUGCAGGUGCUCUUCAAACACCUUAGGAAAGUGAUAGAUCAUGGAGAGGAGAACAGGAUGACGACCCAGAGCGUGGCCAUUGUGUUCGGCCCCACUUUGCUCCGUCCCGAGGUUGAGACGUGGAACAUGGCAGUGCACAUGGUCUACCAGAACCAGAUCGUUGAACUCAUCUUACUCGAAUAUGAGACCAUCUUCGGCAGGUAGGCCACACCCGCAGGCUCCCUCUGACCAAUCACAGCUCUCCAUCCACCGCAAGAGAGACAGCCCACUCUGGGUAAAGGCGACAACACUGUGGAGACCUAAGACUGCCUGUCAUUUGGUCAGCACAGACAGAGAACCGCCCACUUUAGUCUAAGACACUCCCACAAGGACGAGACACCUCCCGCUUAAGAAUAGUGCAUCGCCUACUGAAGCCGCCAACCACUGUCUGAACGGACGCCUUCUUAACUGGACCGAGUGACUCAACAGUAUUUCUGUCUUUAAAUGGACCCGGGAACAUCCCAGUCCAGAACUCUGAACAGGCUCAUGACACAUGUGGACCCUGCUCUGUGUUUGGUAUCAUCCAGACAUGAGGGUUCAAAAAGAGUUACUUCUGAAAUCUGGGUCUUUCUCUCGCUCUGUCUUACGCUCACUCGCUCAUUUUCUCUCUCUCUCUCUCUCUCUCUCAUAUGCCUGUAGCAAUUUGCGUUUGCUUCUGAUUUCUAUUGUACUGGAUCCUUUUUUCACUGUGAAUG